UUUGAUCUGCUUCCUUAUGUCUGCUUCGUUUGGCGGAAUCAUGCGUCGCGUCGGUCAACGCUGAUGUAGUUGCCAUGGUGGGGAAGAUGGCGGAAGAUGUUAAGGAAGCGGGAGCAGCUCCAAGUAGCUCGUCGAAUCGAGAUGACAGUUCAGCACUUCCGCGACUUCUUACGUGCGAGAAUCUCUCGAGCUGGAUUCACUGCAUAUGUGUUGUUGCCUUUGAUUUGGAGUUGGGCCAAGCGAUGGAGAUGGUGCUUCCGAGCGAUGCGCAACUUUCCGAAAAAGAGAAGAGCAGCAUCUGCUACCUGGCCUUUCCGGAUUCCAACUCAGGUUGCAUGGGGGACACCCAGUUCCAUUUCCGCAUCAGGCAGUGUGCACUGCCCCAGAGGCCACUCUGCCCUGCCCUGGUGGCAUACAAUGCCGCAGUCGCACCUGCUCUGCAGGCUGAUCCUGCCUAUUUCCACGGAUUUGUGUACUUUCGUCAGGUCAAGGACCCCAAUGUGCGCAGGGGAUAUUUUCAGAAGUCCCUUGUGGUGCUCACACGGCUGCCACUGGUUGGUCUCUUCAGCCGUGUGCUCUCCCUCGUAGCUCAGGAAUACUUUCGCACGAGUCUGCCCAGUCUCGAAGCAGCCCUGCGGAACCUGGAGAGUUGGCCUGCCCCUAUGCCAGGCCGUGCCCUCAGCCUGCCACUGCAUGGAGUGUCCCUGGAGGCUCGAAUCCCACCUCUGCAAGGCUUGUGCCGUACCCUAGGCCCACCUCCGGUCCAGCCAGGCCUGGAUCCAGUGCCCUCUGUGCAUGAAGUGGACCUGUUUCGGUGCCUGAUGCCUUUGCUGUCUCAUGUACAGCUUCUGUGGGAAUUGGUGCUGGUCUCAGAGCCCAUAGUUGUGAUGGCUUCAUCGCCUGCCGUGUGCUCAGAGACUGUGCUUGCAUUAGUAGGGCUAGUGUGGCCCCUGCGGUAUUGUGCGGACUACCGGCCUUUCUUCACAAUCCAUGACAGCGAGUUCAAGGAAUACACUGCGGGUUCACACUGCCUGCCCUCUGUGAUUCUGGGCGUCACCAACCCCUUCUUUGCCAAAACACUCCAGCACUGGCCUCAUGUGCUGCGACUUGGGGACGAUCCUCUACCUGAUUCUCCUCAGAAGCUCAAGAAAGCAGGUCAGCUACGGACGCUAGACAGCAAACCAGGCCUGUACACCCAGCACAAACCAUUGCUGCAAAAAGACAAGGUGCUUCUCAAGAAGCUGUCAAAGGGGGUGCAGACCAGGCGUCCGAGUGAAGUUCAGAGUGCCCUGCUCAAGCGUUACCUCCUUGAGCUCACGCAGAGCUUCAUGAUUCCCUUGGAACGCUACAUGGCCAGUCUGAUGCCGCUCCAGCGGAACAUCUCCCCAUACAAGGGCACACCAUCACUGAAACCCUUCAACCAAGAUGAUUUUCUUCGUAGUCUUGACACAGCUGGUCCUCAGCUGACAACUGGCAUUAGGGGUGACUGGGCAGCACUUUACAGGAGAUUUUUCAAAAGCAGCAACUUUAUAGGAUGGUACCAGGGACGCCGGAAAGAAGCCUCUCAGAAACUGCAGGCAUUGCACGCUGAAGCCAUUUCAGAUGCUGAUUUGCUUCUCUGGACAAGGGACAAGGAGGAAGUGGAAGUUGUUGACCUGGUCCUCAGGCUAAAAGACAAGCUGGCUAGUGCAUUGACCUUCGUGAGGGAGUUCUCAGAGAAGUGGGACCUGAUAGAGAAACUAGCUUGCAGUCUUGCCGGGUUUGAGGAUGCCGUCGUCGCUGCAAGGCCACCGCGGCGGCAAGUGAAAAUUUAUUAUUUUUUCCUGCUUGCUCGCAAAUAGAACUUGUCAGCGUGUGUGUUUGAGGGAAAAUUAAAGCUUUUUUUUUUUUUUUGCCUGGUAAGUCUAUAGCCGCUCAUCUGCCAUUGUCAGUUUUUUAAGACAUCACUUAGUGCGUACUUGAUCCUUGUUCCCCGCCAACUACGUAUUAACAAGGUUUUACUGUAUUUAAUAGGGCCUGCAUGCAAGCACAAUUUACACACAAGUACCAACAGCAAAAUUCACGCCACAAAAACAGGAGAACAAUAACAUUUUCCAGCCAAUGAGCAUAUUUGUCUUGGGGCAGAUUUUUUUGUGGCAUGCUGCCGAUUGAGGAGCCCAGUCAUUGAGAAGCAGCUGAUUCACUCAUGUGGGCAAGUGGGGCGAGAAACUACUGCCCUCUCUCAACCUUGCAAAGAUCAUUGCUGAUCCCAGCUGUGAUGACUGCAGCGAAGAGCAAAGCUGUCAUGUGACUGCCACUGUGGAGAUGCCAACAUUGUCAUGUCUGGUUGCAAACCACCUUCUGCUAACGCAGCCAUACCUUUACAGGCCAGAUGAGGCCUGCGGGCUGCUUGUUCAAGAUCUUUACUCACCAAAUGGAACAUGUUUUCCUAGUUCAUUGAGGUUAGAUUUAAAGAGGUGUUGGCUUUCUGUACAGUAAGUAUUGUUAAUAGCGGUGCCGUUUCUUUUGUUUGUCUUUGUGUCAGCUGCCUCCUUAAAAGCAGCUUUGACCAACGGCAUCCUUACUCACACUACUUGUGAAAUGCAGCAUAUGACAUGGUUGUAUUAAAGUUCAUUUCUACAAAGGUCUUUGGACAUGACCAGUGCAAACAUAGAUGUCCUGCUAUAAUAUGAAUGGUCCACCAUCAAAGUCCACUGGGUGCAGAGUUAAGUUCACGACCAACAAGAUCACCACUCACUCUACUUGCACUAAAUGUCCACCCACAUUCGUUGGACCCUUGUUCCAUCUCUGUAGCUUGAAACUGUCCUCCCCGACAGAACACAUGCUCUUAAUCCAUCCAUGUGUCUGCUCCAUUUCUCCAAUAAUGUGCUAACUUAGGCCUGUUGGUACAUCUCUAGAGGAUACGAGUAACAAUGCAAACAAUGGGACGUGGCUCGGAUAAAGAGCUGACUUCCAACCAAUGUACGAGGGCCGUUUUUUUUUUCAACCUCCGAUCGCUCCGUGCAGGCGCUACGCGGGCAGCAGAAAGCGGACAUGCGCUGUAGGCAACUGCGCAGCUCUCGCACUACACACUCCGCCAUUGUUGACAUUCAGGCGUCAGUCGGCAUUGUGCUACAGCCACGUAAACAUGGCUGCCAUUAUUGUUGCUCCCGCCAAGUGUGAAUUGCGAAGUGUUAUUCGUUUUCUACAGGCUGAAGGCCAUGGUGCUGCCGAAAUCCAUCGGAGAAUGAGUCGAGUGUAUGGGGAAAACUUCAUGAGUGAUGGUGUUGUGCGUGAAUGGUGUCGAAAUUUUAAAGAUGGACGUAAUGAUGUGCAUGAUGAAGGGGGCCAAGGACGCAAAUCUGUCGUUUCAGAUGACCUGGUUCAACGAGUUCACAGAAUGGUUAAAGAAAACCGCAGAUUCACCAUUACUGCUUUAUCUAUUCACCAUUACUGCUUUAUCUACGGAAUUUCCAGAAGUUUCAAGGUCUGUUUUGUACUCUAUUGUUACUGAACGGUUACGCUACAAAAAACUUUGUGCACGUUGGGUCCCAAAAAUGUUGACGGAUGGCCACAAAACUCGGCGAAUGGCGUCAGCUUUGGAGUUCCUUGAGCGUUAUCAGGAUGAAGGAGACAACCUUUUGAAAUCAAUCGUGACUGGGGAUGAAACCUGGAUUCAAUACGACACACCGGAAACAAGACGACAAUCACAACAAUGGAUGCAUUCAAUUUCACCAAACAAACCAAAGAAAUUCAAAAAAACCUUCAACGACAGAAAGACCAUGGCUACUGUGUUUUGGGAUCAACAAGGUGUGUUGCUUGUGGAGGUUAUGGAGCCCGGAACCACAAUCACUGCAGCUGUUUAUUGUGAAACUUUACGACGCUUGCGUAGAGCCAUUCAGAACAAACGAAGAGGAAAGCUGACCGCUGGAGUUGUUCUGAUCCAUGACAAUGCCCGUCCACACACUGCUGGAGCAACUCAACGGCUUCUCGAACAAUUUGGAUGGGACAUUUUCGAUCAUCCGCCAUACAGUCCAGACUUAGCACCCUGUGACUUUCAUCUUUUCCCUGGACUGAAGACGUGGCUUGGUGGGAAGCGCUUUCAAACCAAUGGCGACCUUCAAACCAACGUCAAGGACUACUUGAAUUCAUUGGCGGCAACUUUUUUUGAAGAGGGUAUUGCAAAGCUUGUCCACAGAUAUGACAAAUGCCUCAAUCUCUUCGGUGAUUAUGUCGAAAAGUAACCGUAACUGUACUAAUCUUUUGGUAAUAAAAUUAUUGUUUUAGAUGAA